AUGGCGCCGUCACGACAAGCGACCGCGUCCCCAUUGAGAUACCACAAGCAAAAUGGAAGAGUGUUCGUGAGCGAUCGGCAAAAACUCACGGAGCGAUCUCGGUUGAGCAGCAUUCUUCUUGGGAACGAGCACUGGGAUCUCUUCCACGGCAUCCCCAAAGGGUUUACGCUUCGAACUCGCGUGCGCAUCAAGCUGGAGACAUCGCAUGUCGGGUACGCGUGGGACAUGUUUCAAACUCUCGUGUCCCUCGUCGCAUGCGCUGUGUGCGUCGUCCAAAGCUACCACGACGAGUUUGUCGUCCCUUCCAUGGACUUGUCGUUUGGGGUGAUCUUUGCCGCCGACUACUGCCUGCGCUUCUACUGCGCCAAGAAUCGGUUGUGGUUCCCGUUCACGUUCAGCGCCAUCAUCGACGUGCUGGCGGUGGCGCCAACCAUCUACGACUACGUGACCAACGACUCGACGGGACAGCGACCAACGUUCGCCUUUCUGCGCUUUGUGCGCAUCCUCCGCAUCAUGAAGGCGAUUCAAAUGUCUCGCCAUAGCUCCGCCAACCACUUUACCGCCGUGCAGCAGCAGCUGCUGUCCCUUGGCCUUCUCGUCACGAGCAUCGUGUUCAUCUCUGCGUGCUUGUUUCAGCUUGUGGAAAACUCGUACCGCGUGCCGAUUCUGUCGGACACUGGCGCCUGGAUCAACAACAAUGUGACACUGGGCGACUCGUUCUACUUUAUCCUGGUCACUAUCUCCACCGUCGGUUACGGCGACAUUGCGUACGUACGACCGACCAACAUAUAUUUAUUAUAUUGUGGCUUUCGAUUACUAUUACAUCGUUUGAAAUUCACCACGAUUCGUGAUUUGAUUGGUUUUCACAAAAAUGAUAUGGACCUUUGGUGUCGAUUACUAUUACAUCGUUUGGUAUAUAUUACUAUUAAUAGGAACGGAAUCAGGAAUUUGGAUUGCGGCGAGAUUCUGGAAAUAUGUAUUACCGACUCCACAAUAUAUAUAUAUAUUCUGGAGUGGAACAAAGUCAUGUACAUCAAGGGCUCCAUCUUGAACGACGAAGACCUGCAUCGUGUUGCCGUGGACACGGCCCAAGCCGCGUUCCUUUUAGCCGACAAAAACUCGAACGACUCGGUAGCUGAAGAUGCCAACACGGUGCUGCGGUCCCUCGUGCUAGAAAACUACAACCCAGACCUGCAAAUCUUUAUGCAAGUCAUUAGCCCGUCGUACACGGAUUUCAUCACGCAUAACGACUUGCACCAUAUUUUGUGUAUCGACCAGCACAAAUUGAGCUUGCUGGCCAAAAACUGUCUGUGCCCUGGACUAUCUACGCUCGUGUGCAACUUGUUCCGGUCCACGGUGCUGCCCGACACUCUGUCGCAUAUCGAGUGGAAGCGCGAGUACGUUGAGGGCAGCACCAUGGAGAUCUACACAACUGCGACACCUUCGUACAUGGUCGACUUGAGUUUUACAAAGGCUGCCGACAUGCUGUACGACAUUUUCGACGGCGAAGUGAUCCUCGUGGGGAUUCACGAAGGCAAAGGCGGCGCGUCGUCCAAAUCUGCGACAGCGUCGUCGUCGUCCACUCUGUCGCACAUGUGGAAGGGCAUGAGCAGUACGUUCUUGUCAGAACGGUCGCCUGCCAAGAACCCGUCCAGAACCCAAACACAUCAACACAACCCAGCGCCUUGUUGUUUGCAUCCUCGGCCGUGGGAGCAACUCGCCCCUCAUUGCACUACCUAUGUGAACCCUGGCGCCAACUACAUGCUCCAACCUCAUCACAUAUUGUACGUGCUCUGUGAGAGCCGCAACGUCGCCCAACUUGUGAGCUGUCCCGAGUAUUACUCGGCGUGGGUUCGCCGUGGCCACCACCAUGUGACACCGGUUCCACCGAGCACUACUACUACUACUAGUAGUACUAGUACCCAUCAAGCCCGGUAUGCCCAGCCGUACGAUUUACUGCAAGCGAAUUCGCGCCUCGUGAGCACGCGCAUCCCUCUCAGCCGCAAGCGAAACGACGUUGUGAUCGCCGCCGUGUCCUCGGACGAAGAAGAAGAAGAAUCUGGGCGAGGAAGCAUCCGAGACCACAUCAUCGUCGUGUCGGAUCUCGUGGAUGUCCCGAUUGAGACGUUUAUUAAACCGUUGCGCCUGGCACAUUACACGGAUGGCAGCACGCACUACCGGCCGAUUGUGUUUGUGUCGACCUGCGACACUGCGAUUCAAGUCGCUUAUGACGUGGCACGACAUUACCACGGCGUCUAUCUCAUGCAGGUGGCCAACGAUUCCAAAGAAACGUUCUUUAAGGCUGGAAUUAUGAACGCCAAGUGCUGUGUAUUAUUAGCUGAAAAGUCUGGCCAGCGGGUGAUGGAUGGCGAGAGUCUGGACAACCGAGUCAUCUUUCGGUACCUGACGGUGCAAAAGAUCCUCGAAAAGCACAGCGCCGCCAUGUCUCCCGACUUUGCCGUGUUUGUCGAGAUGGCCGCAUCCAGGUACAUCCUUGUCGCAGUUUUGGGGUUCCCCUUGUCGCAGAUUUGUAUAUAUGUACUACCUGUAGCACCAUGAAAGUGAUGGACACGACCCUCACCAAGCGGUUGACGUCCGUGGCCGCGCAUCUUCACAGCUUCCCCCGGCCGCCCCGCGGCAGUCCGCUGUCGCCUUCAGAUAAUCGUCCGGUUGUCGAGCGCAUGAGUAUCUUUUUGGACUCACUCGCCGAGACCCACAAGAUGGCCCGUAAGCGCAAACAGCACAUGAAAUCAUUCAAGCAAAAGCGCCCGUGUGAGGCCAAAGCGGCCGUGGUACUGCCGUUUUACGCGGCCGGGUACGGCGUCCCGACAGACUUUUUCGAUAGUCUGCUGUGCCAGAGCUAUUUUACCCCCGAGUUGCUCCGAUUUGCCCAAGAGUUGCUGUGUAUGGACCAGCGAUCGCCCACGUCGGACGGGGCGAACGUGUCGAGUUCGCUAAGCCAGAUCCCGUUGCCCGAGUCAUUUGCGGGCAAGUUGUUUGGCGAUUUGUUCACGUACUUGCUCACAUAUGAAAGCGUGAUUGCAAUCGGAUUAUACCGGAAUUCAGCCAGCCGCGCCACGUUGCCGUACGUGUACACUGUGCCCAAGCGCAACUCGGUGCUCCGAGCCGACGAUUUUGUGUUCAUUUUGGCACAGCCCCAUACGCAAAUCGCAUUGGAAAACGCCAUCGACUUUGAAGCGGACGUGGUCGAGUCUCGGAUCAAGAACAUGCACAUCACAAAGUGUACGAUUCAAGCGGCGCUGCACCAGAUCAAGCUCAAAAAACAGAUCCGGGAAGGGGCGGCCGCCGUGGUGGUUCCCCAAUAUGAAGAAGGACAAGUAGUAGACAAGACCACCGCUGGCGACCAUCGAUUGUGAUUUGGCAUAUGCGAUAACGUUCGUUGGACGAAGUAUCAACCACUGAAUUUUAAAAAAUCAAGAGAUAAUGUUGGACAAAAUAUCAACUGGAUUUACUGUUAAAAAU